AUGAAGAGCAUCUCACUCCUGAUACUUGGGCUAUCGGCCUCACUUUCUGCAGCGGCGGUUCCACCCCCGGGUGCGGAUGGCAAGUAUACUAUCAGUGCACCUGGAAUUAGGGCACAGUUUAUCCCCUUCGCCGCAGCCAUCACAAACCUCUUCGUCCUCGAUAAAAAUGGCAUCGAACGAGACAUUAUCCUCGGCCACGACUCACCCAGCAACUACUCCGCAGACCCAGGUACACAUAUGGGCGCUAUACCGGGACGCUAUGCCAACCGUAUCGGUAAUGCCCAGUUCACACUUGACGGCGUAACCUACCACACGCCGCAGAACGACGGAAGCAACACCCUACACUCUGGCCCCAACGGAUGGGGUAAUCGUACAUUCGAGGUGGUCGCUGUGAGCGACAACAGCAUCACUUUUGGGAUCCAUGAUCCGGCAUUCAGUACGGGUAUGCCCGGCAGCAUCGAUGCAAAUGUCACGUAUACGUUGACGGAGAAGACGUGGAAGAUUAAGAUCCAUGCUCUGUCGCCGGAGGCGAGGACUCCAUUGAUGUUGACUCAACACACAUACUGGAACCUCGACGCCUUCGCAAACCCGGAAACCGAUCUGAUCUGGAACCACACAUACUACACACCGUACAGCAAGCGUCUCCUCGCACCGGACCCAAACAUGGUGCCGACUGGUGAGAUCACCACAAUCCCGCAGGGCGAUAUCAAUGACUUCUGGUCGGCACCAAAGCAGCUAGGAACCAACCUCCUCACCCCCGGGUGGGUGGGUAACUGUGGUACUGGCUCAGGAUGCGAGGGUUACAACAACUGCUGGCUGGUGGAUAAGAGCCCAAGAAUAGCCAAGCCUGUGGCGACUCUGUCGAGCGACUGGAGCGGGAUUAAGAUGGAGAUCUACACGGGCCAGGCAGCGGUGCAGCUGUAUUCGUGCUAUUGGAUGCCAGGGACGACGCCGAUUAAGAGUACCCAGGGUGGAGAAGGAGCAGCUGGAAAUGGUUUGAUCAAGAGCGGAGGAUGCGUGGCAUUGGAGGCACAGGAUUGGAAUGAUGGCAUCAAUCACCCUGAAUGGGGACGGAACCAGUUUUAUGGGCCAGGUGAUGAUUAUAACUGGGAGGCAACAUAUAAAUUCGGGUUGUUGUAG